AUGUCGUGGGCAGGGCCAGAAGAUAUCUACCUCUCUACUUCUCUCGCCAGUUAUCUUGAUAAAAAGCUUCUCGUGCUUCUGCGAGAUGGCCGUAAACUUAUGGGAAUACUUCGCUCUUUUGAUCAAUUCGCAAAUGCUGUUCUUGAGGGGGCAUGCGAAAGAGUAAUUGUUGGGGAACUUUACUGUGACAUUCCAUUAGGUCUCUAUGUAAUUCGGGGGGAGAAUGUUGUUCUAAUUGGAGAGCUGGAUUUGGAAAGGGAGGAGCUUCCUCCACACAUGACUUGUGUUUCAGCAGCAGAAAUUAGGAGGGCCCAGAAAGCAGAAAGGGAAGCAUCGGAUCUGAAGGGCACAAUGAGAAAGAGAAUGGAGUUUCUCGAUCUGGAUUAG